UGAUGCUGUCAGAGUUGUUGGCUAUCUUCAUACAAUCAACCAAAAACAGUUUUUAUGAAAAUGGCUGAAAAUAAUACAAAUUCGACUGAAACUAAUAAUUGUUCUAUAAAAAAUGGAAGUAAGCAAUGGGUGAAACUUAACGUUGGUGGAACGCACUUUCUAACUACGAAAACUACACUGUCUAGAGACCCAAAAUCGUUUUUAUACAGACUAGUGCAAGAGGAUAGUGAUUUAGACACAGACAAAGAUGAAACUGGUGCCUAUCUUAUCGAUAGAGAUCCGAAUUAUUUCUCACCAGUUUUGAAUUAUCUUAGACAUGGAAAAUUGGUUCUAAAUAAAGGUUUAGCCGAAGAAGGUAUUUUAGAAGAAGCUGAAUUUUAUAAUAUAGCAGAAUUAAUCACAUUAAUAAAAGAACGAAUAGGACAAAGGGACAAUGUCUAUGGAAAAGGAGGCAAAAAACAUGUGUAUAGGGUUUUGCAAUGUCAUGAAGACGAAUUAACGCAAAUGGUUUCUACUAUGUCAGAUGGGUGGAAAUUCGAACAAUUAGUUAAUAUAGGUUCACAGUAUAACUAUGGUCAAGAUGAACAUGCUGAGUUUCUAUGCGUAGUAAGUAGGGAAUAUGGAGUCCCUGAAGGUGCAGAAGUACGGGGGGAAAGGGAAGACAGAGCGAAAGUUUUACAGCAAAAGGGCUCACGAAUGUAGAUUGUGAUAACUAGAUAUUUUAUUAUAAAUUCGAACGACUAAACCGCGAAUAAUUGUUUUUAUCGGAAUUUUUUAUGUUAAACAGCGCAAAUUUUUACCCAAUUUUGAUUGCAAAAGUUUUGUUACAAAAAAAUUAUCUACGAAUAUACAAAAAGAUAACAAUUUGUAAACAACUCACUGCAGAUUUAUUAAUUUUACAUUCACGGAAUUUGCAGUAGUGUUGUAAAAUGAAUGCAGACAAUAGCUGAUUUUUAAACUAAUGCGUUCCCAAAAUUAUCCAAUAGGAGAUAUUACUUCCAAAUUUCCAACUCUACUUGACAUAAUACCUUAUAGGGGGCCGCAAAGUUGAUAAUUACAUGCAGAUGCCAAGAACGAAAAAAUACUGCUUAUUUAUCACAGUAAUAUUGAGUGAGGGUACACAUUAGGGAUGCCGUCCAGUAAUGAGACCUGAUGCUUCAAAAUUAUUAAAAUUAACAAUAUCUGUGAUUCUUACUGUAGUAUUAAUUAGGUUAAUUUCAAAGGUCGUUCUUGAAAUCCGCGCGUAUAUAGUGAAACGUGCCGCAAUCUGUAUGUAUAUAUAUAGGGGAAAUAUAGAAAUGUGUCUGCAAUUAGAUAUAUUUAACUCAAAUGAACAUAUUUGUUGAAAUCAACUUGAAGUAAUGAGGAUAGCAUUCUGUUAGUAUGAGCCUUUUGAAAAAUGGGCAAAUGUUUGACUAAAAUUUUCAAUAAGCCAAAUAGUUUUAUAUCAGAAGAGUUUAUGACUGGUUUCUUCAUUGUUGACAGUUUUCUACGCAUUCAAUUUAAAGUAGCCAAAUUAUUUUCACUUUCCAAAUGUGAGAAGUGUUUUUAUUGUUAUUCAGAUGAUUUAUAAUCUGAAUAAACAUUGAUCUCUGUCUAAUUGUGGAUGCAAAUUAGUUUGCAGAAUUUAUAUAUUUUGUAUAAAAAAGGGUCAAUUGAUCUGGUCAUAAUCAUGUAAGUACAUUUUUUAUCUUUUUGAUAUAAUUUAGCAACGGAUUCAACGUUCUGUUUCAUUAUUAUUUAUUAUUCAUGAUAAGAAUUCAAAACUGUGUUCAUUUCAACGUAACUGUGAAGUUUGUUCUAAUAUGCUCUGCUUUGAUAUUAUAGUCUCAUUGUUUGUUUCUACUCAGUUUACUUUUUAAUCUAUUUUAUUUGUCGUCACCAUUUAUGUGUUAUAACAGUUUCGUCCCGUCAAAACGGUAUUAACAGUCUGGUAUUUAACGCAAAUAGUUACCAAAAAGUAUGUUUUUAAAAUAUGUAUUUUUGACUUGUACUUUUCCGUUAAUUGGGUGACAUUUAGUUUGCUCUAAUGGGAUUUUGCAUACACAAAUGGAUUUUUACUGGUGGCCUAAAUCCACGAUUUUCAAUAUCAACUAAAAUAUGCUAGAUUUUUCAAUUCAAAGUUAUAUUAUGGUAUGGUACAGCAGGUUAAUUAUUUUUUUAAUAGAAGAACUUUAGAGAUCGAUAAGGUGUUUAUUUUGCUAUUAGUUAGUGAGUUGCGUUCAAAGUUGUCUCAACACUCCCUCAAAAUAAGAUGAUUGGAGACGGGCGUUGAUGGUAUGGAUAUGGCGUUUAUAGUCAAAGAAAGUCCGAUUUCUUACUUACUGUAUGAUUACGAAAUAAAUCACCCGAAUAAGUUUUAGGACGCAGUGAAUAUGUAUAUUCAAUUGUGUAUGUAAAAAGUCCAUACAUAGUAUAAACAAUUAAAGUACAGACAUAUUUCCAAUUUACAUAAUAAAACUCAGUGAUUUCAACGCAAUAUAUAAUUACUGUCUUGUUUGUAAUUUAUCAUAGAUUUUCCAUUUUGGUCUAAACAGCAUACAUGAUAUUUAGAAUUAGUUUCUCCGUAUAUUGAAUAGAAUGUUUAAAUUUUAAUUUGAUGAAGGUUGCUGUA